AUGGCGGCGCUCGCGUUCUUGAGGUACAAGUCCAGAGCAGGUAAAAUAUACACAUUAUCAUUUAUUUGCGUUAAUUCAAACCGCUCUAUAAAACACACACUUCAAUUUAGACUAAUAUACGCCAAUGACGCUUAUUUAUUGUGAAGUUACCCAGCCGGAUAACGUGUUUUUGAAGCUAGCUGGCAUGGCAUUAGUCACUUUCUCGUGCCUUCUGCAUAGUUUAACUAAAUAUUUUUUAUAUACGUGAAUCCUGUGAUGACCCUGUAUCUACAAAUCUUUUAAAAACCCUGUUCUAGCUGUGUGUUUGAAAUGUGGCGCCUCUAUCACCAAAUGUACAAUCCAAAAAUAUAGCUGCCCCACUACAUGGAGUUCUAUGGCUAAGCUUCCAACAUUCUAAUGUCAAUGGCAGAAUGUGGGUUAUUUUUAAACAAUAGUUAUAGCUGGUGCUUUCAAAGUUGGUUAUAUUAUAUAUAAUUUGAAAGGUAAUUUAAUGACCUUUCAGAACCACUUGUCAAACAAAGAUUAAAGUGUAUCAGAGUUUCCAUUGUUGAAGCAAUUUAUACAGGUAAUUCUGAUAUGUACCCAAGAGGUACAUUUGCCAGUGGUGUACCAAGUGAAAACUACUGGCCCGAAGGAGAGUAUUACUGGCCCGGGCCAAGAUCACAGGAAAGCAAGUUCUGCACACAGAAUUUCAAUCAUGGGUGAUUUCAGGUUUCAUUUGCAGUCUGGGCAAGUAACUUAUAGCCAACCAUGCAAUCAGGUAUUUAAACCGAUUGUUUGGAAAACUAAAACAACAGGUUUUUAGAAAUGUUUGCAAAUUUAUAAAAAAUUAAACUGAAAUAUCACAUUUACAUAAGUAUUCAGACCCUUUACUCAGUACUUUGUUGAAGCACCUUUGGCAGCGAUUACAGCCUUCAGUCUUCAUGGGGCUGGCCCCCCUUGAAGUCAUGCUUUAGAAAUGUUUGCACAUUUAUUGAAAAUGAAAUACAGAAAUAUCUCAUUUGCAUAAGUAUUCACAUCCCUGAGUCAAUACAUACAGUGCAUUCGGAAAGUAUUCAGACCCUUUGACUUUUUCCACUGUUACGUUACAGCCUUAUUCUAAAAUGGAUUAAAUAAAAUAAAAAAUCCUCAAUCUACACACAACACCCCAUAAUCACAAAGCGAAAAACAGGUUUGUAGAAUUUCUUGCUAAUGUAUAAAUAUGUAUUUUUUAAAUACCUAAUUUACAUAAGUACUCAGACCCUUUACUAUGAGACUCGAAAUUGAGCUCAGGUGCAUCCUGUUUCCAUUGAUCAUCCAUGAAAUGUUUCUACAACUUAAUUGGAGUCCACCUGUGGCAAAUUCAAUUGAUUGGACAUGAUUUGGAAAGGCACACACCUGUCUAGAUAAGGUCCUACAAUUGACAGUGCAUGUCAGAGCAAGAACCAAGCCAUGAGGUCAAAGGAAUUUCCUGUGGAGCUCUGAGACAGGAUUGUGUCGAGGCACAGAUCUGGGGAAGGGUACCAAAAAAUCUCUGCAGCAUUGAAGGUCCCCAAGAACACAGUGGCCUCCAUCAUUCUUAAAUGGAAGAAGUUUAGAUCCACCAAGACUCUUCCUAAAGCUGGCCACACUGAGCAAUCAGGUGAGAAGGGCCUUAGUCAGGGAGGUGACCAUAACCCGAUGGUCACUCUGACAGAGCUUCAAAGCAAAUCAAAUGUUAUUUGCCACAAACGUCCUUUGUCUGUCAUGAAUGUUGAUACAAAUUAUAUUGGAACUUACUCUACCAAUUGUCUGUGGGGUUGGUUCAUAAUAGGGUGGAAUUUUAGACAACCUUUCCAAAGGAACGUAUUAUUAAAGACUUUCUGUUGUAGACCCACUUCCUCUCUGCUUUCCUCAUGUCGAAAUAAAAGUCCCCCACAGGUUAUUGCUUGUUUGUGCACAUAUGGCGUACGUGCAGGACUUUUAUUUCGACAUGAGGAAAGCAGCGAGGAAGUGGGUCUACAACAGAUCCAUGUUUGGAAAGUCUGUUUUAUAAAAUGUUCCUUUGGAUAUUUUGUCUCAUUCCACCCUAUAUAAGAACCAACACUAUGGACAAUUGGUAGAGUAAGUUCAAAUAUAAUUUAACGUUCGUGACAGACAAGAUGUUAGGUUUUCGUUUAUGUAAUAAUGUGUGGCCAUGCUGUCCAGGGAUUGGAUAACAUGGUCAAGACAGGACUACGACUGGUGUAUCAGGCUACCAGCUACCUACAUUGGAAAGAAGUUGCUAACAUAGCAUGAGCAUCACAAAUGGCAUUCAACAGCCCACUGCCAUUAUACAAGCCAGACAGUCAUUUAUCAACUGUUACAAUGUUUCCAAACUACAAUGUUAACUCAAUGAAAUCGCAGGUCUUCUGCUUCCUUGCCAGUCGUCUCUUGUGGACUGGGUGCGCUUCGCGUCCAAGAAGGCAGGCGGUAGCAGCAAGAACCUCGGGGGAAAGAGCCCCGGUCGCAGAUAUGGCUUCAAGAAAACAGACGGUAGCUACGUGAAUGCUCUUAUUUGUCAGUAUGCUAUGUUUAGUUCUGACAUCUCUGUGAGGUGCAUGUUAUGUAUUUUGAUCUUACACAUGUUUGCAUCGUCUAACUAACACUUCUGUUUUGUUGUCAUCUACCUUCAGGGAACUUUGUCCAUGCUGGCAACAUCCUAGCAACACAGAGGCUCAUGCGGUGGCAACCAGGAGCACAUGUAAGGUUUCACACUUUCACUCUUAAUAUCCUGGGGUGUAUUCAUUAGUUGCAUAUUGUAGCAAAAGGUUUAGCACCGCAGCUAAAUGUUUUGCAACAGAAACACUUUACUCCCAACACAAAACUGUUUGGAAGUUUCUAUUGGAAAAAUUCAGGUAGGUCCCUCCCUGUCUCGGUUGGUUCAUUUACAUUAUUUAGCAGACGCUCUUAUCCAGAGCGACUUACAGGAGCAAUUAGGGUUAAGUGCCUUGCUCAAGGGCACAUCGACAGAUUUUUCACCUAGUUGGCUCGGGGAUUAGAACCAGCGACCUUUCGGUUACUGGCACAACGCUCUUAACCACUAAGCUACCGGCUCACUUCUCACAGACUGGCUUACAUGCCAUGUAAUACAGCACCCCUGAGUGGGUAUUGUGAAUACACCCCUGGAAGCCUUAAAAUGUCUGCAGGUCGCCGGUUGAUUGUCAACUAAUCUCACACUCUAUCCCCCACAUCUCUCUCUCAGGUGGGGAUUGGAACCAACAACACCCUGUAUGCCCUGGAGGAUGGCAUUGUCAGGUUCACUAAGGAGGUGUAUGUUCCAGCCCCACGCAGCCCUGAGACCUUCAAGGUCAUCACCAAGCUGCCCACAGGAACUGUGCUCUACAAGACCUUCAUCAAUGUAGUGCCCAACAAACAGGAGGGCAAAUUCAAACUGGUUGGCAUGUUCUAAAGAUGGAUAACUCAUUCAUAUUCCACUCUGUGGAAGCUCACCCUACUCUUUCUAUGGACUUAGUGGUUUGGAUUGAAAGGUUCUGUUCAACCGCAAACUCCUUUGUUGUGAAUGUUGUGUAACUGAGCCGCUGUGUGGUGAGGAGGAUUCUGGAAAUUCUGAGGGAAUUCCUCAAAGCUUCCUGUUUUGCCAUAACGUCAUCGAUCCUGCACAAUGUGACUGGUCGAAAGUUUAAUCAAAAGGCACCUACCUGACUUAUUGUGCUGUAAGAAGACGUGUCACUCCAUCCAUUAAAGUUUUAUAUAUAAUCAAGACAUCAGCAGUCUGUUGUUGCCAUUGUAAGCUUAGUCAAUGGAACAAUUUAAUGUGUAUUUAAUUGUUGGGAAUAUUUUAGGAUCAUCUGGGUGGAAAAAACUAAUAUGUAUGGUUGACAAGGAACACAUGAAACCACCCCUUGUAAAACAUAACCUACAAAGCAGAGGGAAGUAAUAUAUCACAGUUUUUAGCAUCAGACUGUACUCUAAAGAACUCUCCUUAACAAUUUACUCACAGACCCAUGUGGUCUCUUAAAGCCAACUACCUCUUUCACAUAAUUUUGUGUUGAUGACACCGGUUCAAAGGACGUUGGGUGUUGACUUGUAACCAUUAACUCAAAUUUGUAUCUGGGAAUUUUGUGUAAACUCAUUGACAAUCCGUUUC